ACCUCUACAUUUUCCAUAUAAAUAUCCCAAGAUCUCUCACACAAUCUCUUUUAACAAACCACAACUGUCUUCUUUUGGCAAGAAACCUUUUAUCUUUUUCAACAAAACGCUCUUUCUCGGUUGUUCUAAGUCUUUCUUCCCAUCAUGGGAAAUUACAUUUCGUGCACUUUGGCCACCCCUUUAAUCAAGAGCGGGAAAGCUGCAAGGGUGAUCCUUCCCGGAGGUGAAAUCAGGCAAUUCCGGGAGUCUAUAAAGGCUGCAGAGCUUAUGUUGGAGUGUCCAAACUUUUUCUUGACGAAUUCCCAAUCUCUUCACAUAGGCAGGAGAUUUUCAGCUCUGAGUGCUGAUGAGGAAUUAGAGUUCGGCAACGUGUACAUCAUGUUCCCAAUGAAGAGAGUCAACUCUAUGGUAACUGCGGCUGAUAUGGCUAUGCUUUUCAUGGCAGCAAACUCUGCAGCCAAAAGAAUAUCUGGAGGAAAAGUGAGGAUAUUACCGGAGUCUGGCAACGUUGGCGGGCAAGAAAGCUCAACAGAAUGCGAAGAUGGAGGCUCGAGAUUGAGUUUGGAAGGGGUUGAUGAGGGGUUCCCGGUUGCAGAAUUUAAGUACAGGUUAUCUGUCUGUAGGUCCAGAAAACCUUCCUUGGAGACAAUCAAAGAAGAGCCAGUUCGCUCAAGGUGAACUUGAUCAUUUGCUUGUUGUUGGGUUAGUUAAUAGGGAGAUAACUCUUGUUCUUAUUUCUUUCUAUUUGCUCUCAUAUUAUUCAGCAGAUAGAACUAUACUUAUGGGUUAAACCGAUGAAAUACAACUGUUUUUUCUUUUCUUUCUUUCUAUUUUUAUUUGUGUUGUUUGAGGGGCAUUUGAUUGUGAGUGGCUGUGAUAUCACUAACAUAUUUAGAUAUCAAUGUACAAAAAUGGUGAGAAAGUGAUUUCUUUUGCCGUUUUUUUGGUC